CCCCCUCACACUAGGCCCGAUGAUCCAGAGUUAAAAUCCACAUGGGAGCAUCGAGCUUGGUUAGCUAGUGGGUGCACUACUUUGCUAGUUUCUCUAGCCAAGUCCAUAGUUGCCUCAACGGAUUCUCAUAUUUGGGCCGAGCCCAUCUUAGCUGGGCUAGUCGGGUAUGCAUUGGCUGAUCUCGAGUCUGGAGUCUACCAUUGGGGGAUUGACAACUAUGGGGAUGCAACAACCCCAUUAUUUGGGGGACAAAUUGAUGCUUUCCAAGGGCACCACAAAUGGCCAUGGACCAUAACAAAACGCCAAUUUGCUAACAUUAACCUCCAUGCAUUAGCCCGGGUAAUAACCUUCACGGUACUACCCAUUAACCUCGUCCUCAACGACCCGACCCUACUAGCGUUUGUCGGAUCGUUCUCGGGUUGCAUCAUGUUUAGCCAACAAUUUCAUGCAUGGUCUCACUCAACAAAGAGCAAUCCAAUAGUAGUAACGUUACAAGAUUUAGGGGUGUUAGUGUCGCGGUUCGAACAUGCUGCCCAUCAGCAUGCUCCUUACAAUGGUAACUAUUGCAUAGUAAGUGGAAUUUGGAAUCAAAUUUUAGAUCAAAAUAAGGUUUUUGAAGCACUUGAAAUGGUCUUAUUUUUUCAAUUAGGACUUAGGCCAAGGUCUUGGAGUGAACCUAGCUUGGAAUGGAUUGAGGAGAGUUCUUCCUUGCCUCAAUAA